AAACUUUUCUUUGCGUUCUACCCAUCCUUUACGACUGCCAGCGAAUACGGAGCUUGGAAUUUAACCGUGAAACGUCUUCGGCCACGAAUAUGAACAACAACCACCACGGAGCUUUGUUGUUGUCAUCAUCGUCACCCGGAUCCCUGGUAUCUUAUCAUCCUGCAGUUCCGUGUGUUACUUGAGCUUGCCUUCAACCCACCGCCCAGCCACCUUCGCACUCACCGUCGUCAUCACCGUUACCUACCACACGUGUGGGGCCGCGCAACGCACAAGUUCCUUUCACCCUGUUUCAAGCUGGCCUUGCUACCACUUCCACUUCCACUUCACUAGCUACCUACUCCUCCAGCUGCCACUCGACAACAUCUCCGGAGAAGAGCAACAGCAAAUGUCGGCGCAACAACCCCUACUACCGGCGCCGGCGUCUACCCACUCACAUGCGCAGGCGCCCCUCCUCUCGAUGCCCUCCGAGAUAGUACUCAACAUCCUGCACCACCUCGACAUUCCCGAUCUCUACGCCCUGACCAAGACAAGCGCGCAGCUCCGGCAAACCGCCACCGACCCACUGCUGCACCGGCAGCGUCUGCAAUCCGCCAAACAGCGUCUAGCGCACACGCUCCCGAGCCGGCCGGCGGCGCCCCCUCCACCUCCGCUCUUCCUCACGCAGCAGCAGGCGACGCAGCGGCUGCUUUCGCGGAAACUCACCAAGAUCUCGCUGAAGCGGAAGCUGGCGGUGCGGCCGGAUGUCCACUCGCUGGUUGAGCGCGGGGUUAUGCCGGCAAAGAUAGGCAGUGGGGUGGCGCCGGCCCUGGUCGGGAAGGCCCAUGAGCUGGAAAAGGAGAGGGUUAAAGAUGUCCUGAGGGGCUGUGUGGGACAGCGGAGGGGGAGUCUGGAAGAUGUGGCUGAGAGGGAGGGGUGGGAUGGGGUUAGACCUACGGAUGUGGAGGAGAGGCCGAAGGUUAGAGAGUUGGCGAGACGGUGGGAGGGUGUGAGGAAGAGUGAUAUGAGGUGGGGGAGUGGUAGGUGCGUUAAGUGGGAUCCGCCCAGGGCCAGGGUGCUGGGCCUCAGGAGGUUCUAUGAAAUGCUGUCGAAGGGGGUGCGGAGUGCUUGAGCAUAUGAGUGACGAUGAAGACUGAUGUGGUUCUUGAUUUACCGGGCACUUUUUGCUCGGUGAUGUGCUUGCGGUAAGGUCGGUAUUUGUGCCUUCAAAGUGCGGUGUCAUUCUUUCACGGGGAAAAUCAUUCUUGGGAGGAUGGUGGUUGU